AUGCUGAAGCGCACCACGUUCACAAACAUCUCCCCCCUGCCGCCCUCGGUGUCGCGCGAGACCGCCCUCGACUUCCUGCACAACCACCUCGAGAUGAUCGACCUCAACCCGCUCGUCAUCGACCGCCACGCCAUCCCCGCCCCCGACCACGCCGAGCCCGACGAGCACGGCUGCGCCUGGUACUCCAUCACCGACAAGAUCUCCUAUAUCCCCGGAUCCGACCUCCUCUCCGGCGAGGUCUCCUACACCGCCGCCUUCCACAACCUCUCCGACGGCCUCCAGACCCACUGCCACGCGCCCAUGGGGCUCGACCUCCGCGAGAAGUGGUCCGUCGGCGGCCGCCUCCCCCACGAGCCCCCCGAGACCCAGGAGCUCGGCCUGGGCGCCCCCGCCACGGGCCUGUACAUCCGCGAGGACAUCGACUUCCGCUGCAACUUCCUCAUGGCCGGCUUCGUCAAGAAGACGCUGAGCAAGGCGCACGGCACCGUCGUCGAGGCCAUGGGCCGCAAGGCCCUGCUGGCCGGCCCCCCCGCGCCGUUGGGACCUGCCACCCAUGGCGGCGGCGCUGCUGCAGCAUCAUCUGCUACGCCGCCGUUCGGGGUGAACCAGCAGUACGGCGGCGUCCAAUACGGUGGUGGUGGUGGUGGCCGGGACGAGGGUGGCAUCCCAGGCGCCGCUGCGUUCCAACGGGUCCCUCCCCCGUGGGCGGCACCACCCGACGUCCAGAACAGGGCUCACGCACCCAUGUUAUUCUCCGAGCUGGACGCGGCGGGCGACAACAAAAUACAGGCACGCUGA